UUGAAAAAUAGGAGAAAAAAAUAUGACAGAAAAAAAGAAAAAAAAAAACCGAGAGAAGCAAAAGUCACUUUCGAAGGUUUAGUUACGGAAGCCCUACCCAACGGAAUGUUCCGCGUUCGCCUAGAGAAUGACACCAUCAUCCUGGGCUAUAUUUCAGGAAAGAUCCGGUCUAGCUCUAUACGAAUACUGAUGGGGGAUAGGGUCAAAAUUGAAGUAAGUCGUUAUGACUCCAGCAAGGGGCGUAUAAUUUAUAGACUUCCCCAUAAGGAUUCGAAGCGUACCGAAGACUCGAAGGAUACUGAAGAUUUGAAGGAUACCAAAGAUUCAAAGGAUUAG